AUUUUGAACAGAAUGGCGAAAGAUGAAACGUUCAUUGCACUUCUAGUAAUAACAUUAAUAGAUAUCGCUGCUUCCAGUUUAUAUGUUUCGCGCCCAAAAUCUGUCCUAAAUGUGGGUGAAUCGAUGGCCGUUGUAUGUAAAGACGAAGGGGGGCAGUUAGUCACAUGGAGAGGACCAAAAGGGCCUCUUCGGGCAAACACACAACCCUCAGUACAAGACACUGCCGUAGGGAAACUGUUGAAAUUCAAUAAUUCCAAAGUUGAGCAUACAGGGAACUACACAUGCAGUCUUUCGAACAAUAUGGACGUGAAAAAAGUAUUCACGUUGAUAGUUGAAGAAAGAAAUACACCGAAGUUGUCCACGUUCAGAAACUCUGUACCUUUUAAUCCAUACAAUCCACCUAGAGAAACAACUACUGAAGAUAUAGUUGUUGACUUUCCCGAAACAAGAUAUGAAACAGAAACUGAAAUUGAAAGUCAAACUGAAACUGAAAUUGAAACUGAGACCUACAAUUUCGUAUCGAAACUGAAUACCCCUCCUCCUAUAUAUGAAGAAUCAAUUAAAUUCAUAGAUACCCCUGAAGAGCAGAGGGCAGUAGAAAACAAACAAGUUCUUCUUCGGUGUGAAGUAAGCGGAGAAGCUGAUAUUUCUUGGACGGUAGAAGAUGAAGAACUGAUAGGUCCAAAAUACGCAGUACUGGCUGAUGGUCUUUUGAUAACGAACGUCAGCCGUAACGAAAGCAAUAAAACUUUCAUCUGUCAAGCUUCGCAGACUGCCACAGGAGCUUUUAUAACCCGAAAUAUCAAAUUGAUAGUGGAAC